AUGAAGCGCUUGUUCGGGGCGCCGAAGCCAGCCCCAGCGCCAGGGCCUGCUCCCAGUCUCUCAGAGACUUCGCAGAGGAUUGAUUCCAGGGUUACUGAUCUUGAGAAGAAGAUUGCCAAGUGUGAUGAGGACCUCAGGAGAUAUGUUGGUGGAAGAGCUUCAGCACAGCAAAAGCAGCUGGCUUUGCAGUGCAUGAAGAGGAAGAAGAUGUACGAGCAGCAGCGGGAUCAAAUCCUCGGAACGCAGUUCAAUGUCGACUCACUGGCCGGCGCGCAAGAGCAGGCAGAGAUCAACAUCAUGACAGUCGAAGCCAUGAAAGUGGGCCAUCAAGACCUGAAGGAAAGAUACCAGCAAAUUGGUGGUGUCAUGGACAUUGAAAAGCUGAUGGACAAUAUGGCAGAUCUUAACGACGAAAUUGCCGACAUCAACGAGGCCAUCUCCACGACGUAUGCAGUCCCGGACGGCUUCGAUGAGGCGUCCUUCGAAGCUGAGUUCAGCGCCCUUGAGGAAGAGAUGAAGAUGGAAGCUUUGGCAGGUAUCAGCUCCACUGCUAAGCCAUCUUAUUUGCCGGCCGAGACACCUGCGGCGACAGAACCGAAGGAGCCUGCGGCUGCUGCAGAACCUGCCGAGGCGGCGAGAGGCUGA